UGACAGUUUCUCAGUUCAAAGUUGUCAUGGCCUGUCAGAAUUGCACUGAAAUAUUUGUAAAUACAUAAGAGUACUCGUUUAUGUGGUUACACUAGUAACAUAUGUUAUAAUUUAUAUUGUUUUUGUUCUAAAUUGAUCAAAGAUGGAUGAUGACAUAGAAGAUGUUGUUGGCGAAGUUAAGCUCUCGGAAUCACAGAAAAGCGUGGCGAUGUCAAAUGGGUACUCGAUGGACUUUACAGACAGCAGCUCCGAGAAACCGAACUCUUCAGGAAAGGAGACAUACGUGUUAGAGUGGGACAGCGAGGAUAGCGAGAGCUCCGUCCUCCAAAACAACGUCAGCAUCAUCAAUAUCAAGGACAGGCCAGUGAAGCCGGUCCUCAUCAGCAGAGACGCCCAAUGUGAAGUCACGAAGAAAUUCAGCAAAGCUUCCUCUACUGGUCUCAGUAAAUGCUCCAUUAUUGCACAAGAAAUAUUCACCCAAACCAGCAAAACUAUCAUAGAGCUAGCUGAAAGCGAAGGCGCGGUGAGAAAAUCAAACAACAGCAAAUCAUUAGAGACACAAACCUCCUUUAUAUCUAUAACCGAGAAUAAGACUGUCGAAUACAGGAUAGAAGUGUCUGGUGAAAAUCAGCACGCUCGUCCAAACGGCAUGGUAACCGACUCCGGUGACAACCACUGUCAAGGAAUAACACGCAAUUUAUUUCCUAAUUCUCUCGAAAACAAUUCUUCAAAAUGCUUGACAUCGGAAACAGAAAAUGAGAAAACAGAUGAAUGUGUAAGUCCAAAUAGUUCCACUGAGAAAAUGAUAAGCAUCAUAAAUGACGAAUCUAAAGAAAAUUUAUUAAGUGAAGACCAAAAUGAAUAUGAAAACACCAGCGAAUUCGAACAAUCACCGGACACCACCGACAUGGAGGAGGAUUCUCUGAUGGAGUCUAAGAAAGCACGGAAUAAAUCUGAAAACCAAGGCGACGAGACUCCGAAGUCUGUCGACAAAGAAGUUGCCGAACUGUAUAGCAAACUCUACGAAAGUAUGGAUUUUCAGAUGCACUUUCCCUGUGAUAACGAAAAAAGACGAUUUGGCCACCUGACUCCAUUGACUGAGGAGUCUGUCGUUAAAAAAGACAGCUCACAAGACGUAACACCGAAUAACGGACCGAGUUCAAAUGACGAGGACGUGUUAUUUACUAAUAACGCAGGCAUCAAAGUUAAAUUAUUCCCAAAAUCGGAAAGCAAUAAAGAGGCCUUUAAAUUGCCUCCAAUUCAGGGUAAUACUGUUUGCACUGACACGGGGAACUUAAACUUCUUGUUUACUCUGAAUGCUAGCAAGUCUAUAAGGUCUGGGAAUUUGCCCUGCGUUGUUGAAGAUCGAAGAGAAAGGAGUAUUGAUCGAUGGGAUAUGGGAAGUAAGGAUCUGGCAGCGGGAGAGAGUCCACUUAUUAGUUGCAGGAGCGAGUCUGAAAGGAUAACGCAUGCGACCAUUCAGCUGCCUCCCAUCCACGUAGAGGGUACAAUCUCGUCCAACGCCACAAAAUCCGAGGUCCAAUCCAAGUCGGAAUCAACCUCGGACACACCAGGCCCCAUUAGCAUUAAGGAGAAAAUCAAAGAACUGAAGAUGAGCCACAGACCAAGGAAUUUUAGUCAUUCUAAAUACAGUAUUGGUGGUUGUGAAAGUAGAAGUGGUUCUCCGAGCACCGUGGCUCCGGAUGACAACAGGUUGGUGGACGCGGCGGAGCGCGGCUGCGAACUACUCUGCAUUGAGCUGCUCAAGAGACUGCGAUCACAUUCUUGGUUUGAGAUAGCGGACGCUCUAGAAGACAUACCUCGAGUGUUGGAAAAGUUCUGGGGAGUUAUAGCUGAACAUCGAAUUGCCGAUUUAAUAAGACAGGUGACGGCUCAAGUGGAGUCUCCGAGGACGCAAGUGGCUCGCGCCGCCUGCAACACGCUCGCCACUAUACUGAAGAAUACUAACUAUACUAAGAAACCGGACUUCUACGAGGCGGUGACGAUCCUCCUCAUCAAGACGGGCAGCUUCAGCCGGCCGGUGCGGCGCGCCGCCAACGUCGCGCUCGACGACAUCGUGUGCGGCAUCGACCUCAGCCACUCCGUCACCGCGCUGUGUAUACAUGGAGCCACUCACAAGAGCGCCCUGGUGCGGUGUGCGGCGGCGCGGCUGCUGGUGGUGUGCUGCGCGCUGGGCGGCGGCGGGCGCGACCUGCUGCGCGCGCGCCCGCCCACCGCCGCCUGCGCACGCAAGCACGCGCUGCGCUCACUCGCCGCGCUACUCGACGACAAGAGCACCGACGCCAGAAAAUACGCAGAACGUCUAUACUCAAUGCUGCGUCCACUGUCCAACUUCGAGGCUUACUACCUGACGGACGUGGACGUCGAGAUAGCUUCUAGACAGAUGAAGAAGUACGACCAGCUGCUGCUGUGCGGGCCGCCCGAGGCCAGGUGACGUCACGGCGGGGCGCCGCCGCGGCCAGGCCUCGCUACUGUGCAGUCCCGUGUCCCCCAACAUGUGGCUCGUACCAGGGACCCUCGUGUCAACUAUUCGCUCAGCUUACUACUGUAUCGAACACUACUAAGCGUAUACCCAGCUGUGCAGUGCAGCAGUGAUGCUCCCCUCAAAUCAACUGAACUAAUUUUGUAUUUUGUAUCCUAUUUUAAGUCCUCGUGUUAUCUGAUUGUUUAAUUAUAUCGUAAAAUCUAGAGUAUCGUACUACAUAAAACGAUGUUACGUGAACGUAUUUCGAAUCUUUUAGUGCUUUUCUGAUUGACUAAAUAAAAAUAAUUAUAUAAAAAUACUACAUCAUAUAAACACAAAAAUAUAGAAUAUUGUAUUUUUCUAAAAUGUAUGUUUUUGGACACCAUAAGACUAAUUGGGAUAUCUUGGAAAUUAUCUCUGUUUGUUAAGUCCAUGAUAAUCUUUUAGUAUGACUUUGUAAAAGUUUUUAGUAUUAAAAUUAUGUUAAUUGUAGGCGUUUCUGUCGAACACCAAUGACUAUGGCCCGUCAUAUCGUACCGUAUUUAUCAUGCUAUAUUUUGUAACUGAAUGUGUACAAUAUCUUAGUCCCAGCCGGUCUCAUAGUGACCAGAUAGCGGCAACACUUAUGUAUCUGGUAUCUCUAACUGUUGUACGGUCAGCAACAAAACUCAUUAUUCAAAUUCACAUCUAAUUUAAUAAUACCAGUUUGAAGGUUUCCCCCAGGCCUCUUCAUAUAUAAUGUUUGAGUAUUGAUCACCACACUAGCUAGCUCACUGUGGCUUUCGUAGAUUUCAUGUGUCAAUAACUGGAAUCGGAAAUCCUCAAGAUUAUUUUUCUUCGCCAUUUGUCCGAUUCACAAACACCAUCAUUGCUUAGUGACCUCUACAAUAUUGGAGCAAGUUUUCACUUCAUCUCCGGGUUAGAAAUUAUAACCCGAAGACUAACAUUUCCCUGAGUUAAGUGUGUCUAUGUAUAAGUCUUAAAAAUAUGGAAGAAUUAUUACUUUUGUGCUGACUGUACUACAAAAAUAACAACAAAAAAUUGUUUUCGUUAAGAAAGUCGAUUAAUGUUCAUAGUUUUGUAAAUAUAUUGUAUUUACACUAUAUAUGUGCCCGUUUUUUGUAAACAUUUUAAUCUGCGUCGGUUAUUGAGUAGUUUUUUCAUGAUGAGUUUGUACGCCACGGUUGUAAAAUAAGUAUGACAUACAGAUUUGUAGUAAAGCUUGUAGAUAU